UCACGGCCCCAGGUUACCUCCCCAACGAGCAGGAUGUGCUGCGAUCCCGAGUGAAGACCACGGGCAUCAUCGAGACCAAGUUCUCUGUCAAAGACCUGAAUUUCAGGAUGUUCGAUGUGGGAGGGCAGAGAUCGGAGCGCAAGAAGUGGAUCCAUUGCUUCGAGGGGGUGACCUGCAUCAUCUUCUGCGGGGCGCUGAGCGCCUAUGACAUGGUGCUGGUGGAAGACGACGAAGUGAACCGCAUGCACGAAUCCCUGCACCUAUUCAACAGUAUAUGCAACCACAAGUUCUUUGCCGCCACCUCCAUUAUCCUCUUCCUCAACAAGAAGGACCUUUUUGAGGAAAAGAUCAAGAAAGUCCAUCUCAGCAUUUGUUUCCCAGAUUACGACGGUCCCAACACGUUUGAAGAUGCAGGAAAUUACAUCAAGACCCAGUUCCUUGAUCUCAACAUGCGAAAGGAUGUGAAGGAGAUCUACAGCCACAUGACCUGUGCCACAGACACGCAGAACGUCAAAUUUGUCUUUGACGCCGUCACAGAUGUCAUCAUCAAAGAGAACCUCAAGGACUGCGGCCUCUUCUGA